AUGGCUACACUGGCCUUGAAGCGGAGGACUCCCUCGCUCGGUACCUUACCCACCGUACCCAACAUAUCCGUCAUGGAGAAUCCUAUGCCACCGACACCUGCUUCGAUGAACAGCAAACCAGCCGUCCAGGGCUCGUCCCUGUACCACACCUGUCGCUCUGUCUGCGACAAGCUUGCCCUCGUUGAAGGCAUGGAGGAAUAUCUCACCGACGACGCCAUGACCCCUUGCACAUCAUCAUCAUCAUCAUCACCCUCAUCAUCUGAACCAUCGACCCCGACCGCCGGCGAUCCCUUGUCCAAAUUGUGGAGCAUUUGUCGUCGAGGUGCGCCACUGUGCACCCUGUUCAACGCACUUCAACCCGAGAAACCGCUCAAAGUCGACCGCAACCCUUCGUUGAACCAAGUCAACAAGGGAAAGGCAAGCGUCUAUCAUUUCAUCGUCGCCUGCAGAGACCAGCUCAACUUUACCGAGGAUGAGCUGUUUACCAUUAGCGAUCUGUAUCAGGACGAUACCAAUGGAUUCGUCAAGGUUGUCAACACCGUCGACAAGCUUCUCCACCUCCUCGAGAAAGAUGGCGUGAUCACCGUCCGCUCCUCCAACAGAAACUCGGACCCAAAUGCGCCCAAGGACACACGAGACAAGGUCGUCCUGGAGCUGCUUGAGACCGAACGCAAGUAUGUCCAAGAUCUGGAGACGCUUCAGAACUACAUGCGAGAAUUACAAGUACAAAAGAUCCUUUCGCCCGACACUGUCCACUACCUGUUUGGCAACCUCAACACGCUUGUCGAUUUCCAACGUCGUUUUCUGAUCCAACUCGAAAAUGCAGCCGAGAACAUCCCCGAGGAGCAGCGCUUCUGCUCGCUGUUUUUGCAGAUGGAGGAUGCCUUUGCCGUGUACGAACCUUAUUGUGCCAACUACUAUUCCGCCCAGGACCUGGUGGUGCAGGAAACACCCAAGUUGCAGAAAUUGGCAGAUAUCAUGAAUCCGACCUAUGAGCUGCCUUCCAUGCUCAUCAAGCCUGUCCAGCGUAUCUGUAAAUAUCCUCUGCUGCUGAGCCAGUUGAUCAAGACCACAAACUCGGAAUGGCCGCACUAUGCAGAGAUGAACGACGGUCUGGAGGCGAUCAAACGCGUCACUGAAAAGGUCAACGAGACGCAGCGGAAGCAUGAGAAUUUGCAGGCGGUCGAGGAUCUGCGUCGCCGUGUGGAUGAGUCGCAGCGUGACAUUGUGGAAGGCCACGGCAACUUGUUGCUCCAAGGCAAACUGAUCAUGCUGAGCGGUGACAGCGAGCGUGAACUGCAAAUGUUCCUGUUUGAUAAGGCACUGCUUAUUUGCAAGGAGACCAAGGAUGCAUCAAAGAAUCGUUUGACCAAGACCAAUACGCUGUCGAUCAAAAAGAAGCGCCGUGCUAGUCUACAAGCCAAGGGUCGGAUCUUCACGAGUCGGAUCAUCAGCAUCGCCAACAAGUCUCAACCUGGUAAUUGGCAACUGGUGGUCGAAUUCAAGGAUCGAGACAUUGAACGCUUUACGCUCAAGUUCCGUCACGAAGAACAGCUCAAGCUGUGGGAAACCACAUUGACCCGAACAAAGGCGGCGCACAAGACCCAUGUACCCAACACACACCUGCUCUCCAUGUCUGCACCCAUGACGCCUGUCAACUCACAGAGCCGCAACGAUGGCUUGUACCUGGAUGACGACGAUGAUGAGGACGAGGACGACGAGGACGAGGACGAUGAUUUCCAAACCGCUCGAUCGCGCAGCAACUCUGUCUCGGCACAGCAAAUGUUGGGCAUGCGACCCAAGAUGCCGCGCAACAACAGCCAAGAUGCAUCCAUGUUCAAACUCGCCAACGGCAGUCCUACCGGUGCUGCUCGCCAUCAGCCCAUGCCAGGCAUGAACUUGUCGCCACUGCCACGACCCUCGAAUGCGGGUCUUCCGGCCUCGCCACCCAUUGACUAUGGCGUAUACCCUGCAUCACCACCUCCCUCCAGCCCCUCGUCCCCAGCCAACUCGUCCAGAACAUCCAUGGGCACCACGUCCUCGUCAUGGCACCGCCAACGUGCCGAUACCGACGCAGGAUCACCCCUGGCCGAUAUUGCAAACAAGUUCAUGACAGCUACUGACUCGAUCACGCCUGCUUCUGAAGAAUACAGACCUUUGGGUGGACCCCCGGGUCGCAGCCAAUCACAUUCUGCAGCACCUUUUGCACAACAACAACAACAACAACAACAACAACAGCAACAUCCAACAGCACCGAUGCCCAUGCCAUCCACAUCCUCACCACGCAGUCGUGUACGAUCACAGAGUAGCCCGAAUAUCCACAAAAAUAUGCAGCAGUGGGACGAACUGCCACAAGUCCCCAUCAACUCACGCACAUUGUAUCGCGACAACAACAACAACAACAACAGCAGCAGUGGAGUACGCAACGUAGCAUCGACCCCACGCCUGUCAGAGAUGGCGACCUCACCAAGCUUACAAUCCCAAAUCGACCGUGUUGUGUCGGCUGUGCCCAACUCUCCGGGAACCGUCAAGAUCAAGCUGAGCUAUUGCGACGGGAUCUAUGUGAUCAUGGUGCCUCAGGAAGUGACGUAUCUGGAGCUGAUGGAAAAGGUGGAGAAGAAGAUCCGACUGGUGGCCAGUCUCAAGGCAAGCGACAUGUUGCGCAUCAAGUAUCAGGACGAGGAUGGCGACUUGAUCACGAUCAACUCGGACGACGACGUCCUGAUGGCAUUUGAGAACCGAGGAGCGAAUACUGCAUUAAACUUGUUCGUCAGUGUUUAA